AUGUGUGUGUGUUUUAUUUUUAGGAAGGAGGGCACAUUUUUGCAAAACCUUUGAUCCAAGAACCGUUACACUGCAGCUCCACCUUCCGGAGUUACUACCAUCCUUUCUUCGCAAAAUUCCAUCUCAAAUCACAUUCACUUUCUCUUUGUUACCAUGGAUCUGUUGCACCAAUACUCCGGCGACGACGAACCAGACUCCUCGCCGCCGCCCGAAAACCCUAACUCCCCCGAUUCCUCCCCGCCGCGCCUCCUCGCUGGCCGCUCCGCCGCUCCCUCCGUCGACGACACCAUGCUCGCCCUGACCGUGCAGCCACACCGCAAGACCCUCUCCAACCCCAUCGACCCCACGCAGCACAACGUCGCCUUCAACCCUACCUUCGACCAGCUCUGGGCACCAAUCCAGGGCCCUUCCCACCCUUACGCCAAGGACGGCAUCGCCCAGGGCCUCCGCAAUCACAAGCUUGGCUUCGUCGAGGACGCUGCCAUCGAUCCCUUUCUCUUCGACGAGCAGUAUAAUACCUUCCACAAGUUUGGCUAUGCUGCUGACCCCUCCGCAUCCCAUUACGUCGGCGAUUUCGAUGCCCUAGCGAAGAACAACGCUAUUUCGGUGUAUAACAUCCCCCACCGCGAGCAGAAGCGGCGAAAAAUGGAGAAGAAGGAGGGAGGAGAGGAGGAAGAAGAAGAACUUGAUGGUGGUGGUGAUGAAGAAGGAGAGGCUGAGAACCCUGCUUCGGAUGUGUGGCUUGCGAAGAACAAGAAGAGUCCUUGGUUUGGGAAGAAGGAAGGGUUGCAGGGUGAGUUGACUGAGGAGCAGAAGAAAUAUGCUGAGGAGUAUGCCAAGAAGAAAGGGGAAGAGAAGGCCGGUUUUGGUGGCGAAAAGGCUGAGGCUGUUAAGGAUAAGAGCACUUUCCAUGGGAAGGAAGAGAGGGAUUAUCAGGGUAGGUCUUGGAUUGCGGCUCCUAAAGAUGCUAAGGCUAGCAAUGAUCAUUGUUAUAUACCUAAGAGAUUGGUGCAUACUUGGAGUGGACAUACAAAGGGUGUCUCGGCAAUUCGGUUUUUCCCCAAGUAUGGUCAUUUGAUAUUAUCUGCAAGUAUGGAUACCAAGGUUAAGAUUUGGGAUGUGUUCAAUUCGGGGAAGUGUAUGAGGACUUACAUGGGGCAUUCGAAGGCGGUGAGGGAUAUUUGUUUCAGCAAUGAUGGGACUAAAUUCUUGAGUGCUGGUUAUGAUAAGAAUAUCAAGUAUUGGGAUACUGAGACUGGGCAGGUGAUAUCAACGUUUUCGACUGGGAAGAUCCCUUAUGUGGUGCGGCUUAACCCUGACGAGGAUAAGCAGAAUGUGCUAUUGGCCGGUAUGAGCGAUAAGAAGAUUGUUCAAUGGGAUAUGAAUACAGGGCAGAUAACUCAGGAGUAUGAUCAGCAUCUUGGUGCUGUGAAUACCAUUACUUUUGUUGAUAACAAUAGGAGAUUUGUUACUUCCAGUGAUGAUAAGUCUCUCAGGGUGUGGGAAUUCGGUAUCCCUGUUGUUAUUAAGUACAUUAGCGAGCCACACAUGCACUCAAUGCCAUCCAUUUCGCUUCACCCCAACUCUAAUUGGCUCGCUGCGCAGAGCUUGGAUAACCAGAUACUUAUUUAUAGCACCAGGGAGAAGUUUCAGCUCAACAAGAAGAAGAGGUUUGCCGGUCAUAUUGUGGCUGGAUACGCAUGCCAAGUCAAUUUCUCGCCAGAUGGGCGCUUUGUGAUGUCAGGAGAUGGUGAGGGUAAGUGUUGGUUCUGGGAUUGGAAGAGUUGCAAAGUCUUCAGAACUCUCAAGUGUCAUGAAGGUGUGUGCAUUGGUUGUGAGUGGCAUCCCUUGGAGCAGAGUAAGGUAGCAACAUGUGGCUGGGAUGGGUUGAUAAAAUACUGGGACUAGUAUCGCGUGUCCAAUAUCACCUGUUGCUGGAAUCAGUGGGCAGACAGAAGCAAGUCCCUUGACAUCAAGGGGAAGCGCAACAUACUGAAUUCACUUGCUGAUAUGGUGCUCAUCGGUUCAAAUUUCAAGGGCAUAAACUUAAAUAUUUGAGAUUUCUCGUCACUGAUCCUCAAGAUAUCAGUCACUAAGCAUUACAUGCUUAUUGCAGUGUUGUAAUAGCAGCAGAACAAGGAAAAGUUUUGCCAUUUUGUUUAUUACACUUUUUUGUAUAAUAGCAAGUUUUAAGCUAGUAUUUCAUCUAUGUGAACUGUCUCGUGUUGUAGUUUAUUGCGGUUAUGACUAGGAAUCUUUGGAAAAAUUCGUGGAUGAAUAUUAUUGACAAUGAUUUUAGAAAAUAAAGUAAGAGUUAGAAUCUAA